AAAACUUUCAAAACACAAUUGAGUUUGAGCUUGACAAACUGGCCUUUCAUUUUCCUCAAGUAGCUACAACUACUACUACAACUAGUGCUUUUAAUUUUGACAUAGCCCGCCCAAACACGUCCCUAAACUCAAAUUUCAAAUUCUCAUUCCUGUUUGCCUCUUUUCCUAAUCUCUCUCUCUUUCUCUGCCACUUUGUCUUUCACUGUCCACUACUUCUUAUAAUCUUAUCUCUCUCUCUCUCUCUCUCUCUCUGGCAAAACAUCAAACACUUCACAUUCAAUUCACAAGUACUUCGUUAAAGCUUAGAACCUCAUUCAAAUCAAACCCAGAAAAAAAAAAAAAAAAAAAAAAAAAAACCCCAAACAAGCCCUAGAAAUCUCAUCGGAGUUAUCGAUCCAAUGGCUGAUUCUGACUCCUCUCCUCCUCUCCCAAAAGCCGCUCCUCUCUCACUCCAAAAGAAGGAGAACAUUCCUCCGAUCGGCACAAAGAUCGCGGAACUAAAUGAAUCAAGGACUGAGCUGCUUAAUAGAAUUCAAGGACUAAAACAGGAUUUGCAAAGCUGGAGAUCAAAAUUGGACACUCAAGUUAAGACCUAUCGCGAUGAGCUUUCGGAACUCAAGAAAUCGCUCAAUGUUGAAGUGGAUCAACUUCGAUCAGAAUUUCAAGAACUGAGGACCACUCUGCAGCAGCAACAAGAUGAUGUUUCUUCAAGCCUAAGAACCUUGGGGGAUGUCUCAGGUGAUCCUAAAGAUGCCCAGGCACAAGAUCCCAAGGUUGAAGAUGACCAGGACGAACUUGUUUUGCCUAGACAGAUGGAUUAUGAUGUCUCAGGUGAUGCUAAAGAUGCCCAGGCCCAAGAUCCUAAGGUUGAAGAAGAUGACAAGGAAGAACUUGUUUUGCCUAAAAAGUUGGAAUAUGAUGAAGGAAGUGAAAACUAGGAUGGGAUUUGCUCUGGAGUGUGCAUGAGGUUUUGCCCCAAAAGGAGAUGAGUAUUCUUCGUUGAAUGUGUACUACUGUGCUUUGCCUUGUCUUUAGUUAGUAUCAGCUACAACCUUGUUAAGCACAACACAGAACUCUUUUCUAAAUCAAUUGUUUGUGGAGUUUUGCCUGGUUA